AUGGCAACUGAUACCAAGAACGACAAAGUCUUUGUUAUCGGCACUCGUCGUUCGCAACUUGCACUUGCCCAAGCCUAUAUUGUACGUGAUACGCUCGCCAAAGCAUACCCUGAUUAUGAGUUCAAGAUCGAAGCCAUGGCCACUACCGGCGAUCGUAUUCUCAACGUUGCCUUGAGCAAAAUUGGUGAAAAGUCUCUGUUUACCAAGGAAUUGGAAGUUGCAUUGGAAGAAGGUCGAGUCGACUUGGUUGUCCACAGUCUCAAAGAUUUGCCAACUGUCAUGGAACCUGGCAUGAUGCUUGGUGGUGUCUCUGAACGCGAAAGCCCUGACGAUGCCUUGGUGUUGGCUGAACGCCAUGUUACAGCAAAAACGUAUACAACAAUCGAUUCCCUGCCUGCAGGCGCAGUGGUGGGUACCAGCAGUUUGCGACGCACAGCUCAAAUCAAGCGUAAACGACCCGAUCUUGAAAUUGUCAGCGUGCGUGGCAACAUUCAUACACGUCUUUCAAAGUUGGAUGAUUCUGCUAACAAGAUUGAUGCCUUGGUGCUCGCAGCAGCCGGUCUGACACGUGUGGGCUUGGGUCAUCGUAUCAGUCAAACACUCGACAAGUUUAUGCUUCACGCCGUAUCACAAGGUGCUCUCGGUGUGGAAUGCCGUGAAAACGACACUCGUGUGCUCGACAUCCUCAAGACUUUGGAUCAUACUGAGACUCGUAUUACUUGUCUAUGUGAGAGAGCCAUGAUGCGUGAAUUGGAAGGUGGUUGUCAUGUCCCUAUUGGUGUCCAAUCCAAGCUCGAAGGCAACACGCUAAAGUUAAACGGCAUGGUGGCUAGUUUGGAUGGAAAGCAAUAUGUUGAACACAGUGAUCAAGUGGAUUUGGAUCCAGAAAGCUCCCUGGAGAAGAAACAACAAGUUGCUGAAACUCUCGGCCAAGGUGUUGCCAAGAAGCUCGUCGAAUUGGGAGCAGAUAAGAUCCUCGAGGAGUUGUCAACUAGUCAAUAA